AUGCCACCAAAAGAGAACUGGGAGAAAUACGAGAAACCCAUUGACGACAAGGAAGAGGAAAAGAUUGUCGCUUUGGACGAGGGCGAUAUCAAAUUGUUGAAGACCUAUGGACAAGGCCCUUAUGCUAAAGAACUCAAGACACUUGAACAAGACAUCAAAGAUAUACAAAAGCGAGUGAAUGAAAAGAUUGGUGUCAAGGAAUCAGAUACCGGUCUUGCAGCACCAAAUCUAUGGGAUAUUCCAGCCGACAAACAAAGAAUGCAAGAAGAACAACCAUUGCAAGUGGCUCGCUGUACAAAGAUCAUCCAAGGUGGAGACAAUGAAGAUGCCAAAUAUGUCAUCAAUGUCAAGCAAAUUGCCAAAUUUGUGGUGGAGCUUGUGCGGCAUGUAUCUCCUACCGAUAUUGAAGAAGGCAUGCGUGUAGGUGUGGAUCGUACAAAAUAUCAAAUCCAAGUCCCAUUACCACCAAAGAUCGAUCCUUCAGUAACCAUGAUGCAAGUCGAAGAGAAGCCAGAUGUGACAUACAGCGAUGUGGGUGGAUGCAAGGAACAAAUCGAACGAUUGCGUGAAGUUGUUGAAAUGCCAUUGCUUGAACCAGAACGCUUUGUCAAUCUUGGUAUCGAUCCACCCAAGGGUGUCCUUUUGUAUGGCCCUCCUGGUACUGGCAAAACGCUUUGUGCUCGUGCCGUCGCCAACCGUACAGAUGCCACUUUUAUCCGUGUGAUUGGUUCUGAAUUGGUGCAAAAGUAUGUUGGUGAAGGUGCUCGUAUGGUGCGUGAAUUGUUUGAGAUGGCAAGAACAAAAAAGGCGUGUAUCAUUUUCUUUGAUGAAGUGGAUGCCAUUGGUGGUGCUCGUUUCGAUGAUGGUGCAGGCGGUGAUAACGAAGUGCAACGUACCAUGUUGGAGUUGAUCAAUCAAUUGGAUGGUUUCGAUCCUCGAGGCAACAUCAAGGUUUUAAUGGCCACCAAUCGUCCUGAUACCCUCGAUCCUGCUCUCCUUCGACCGGGUCGUUUGGAUCGUCGUGUAGAAUUCGGUCUUCCUGAUUUGGAGGGUCGUGCACAUAUUUUGAAGAUCCACGCAAAGAGUAUGAGUGUUGAACGGGAUAUCCGCUACGAAUUAAUCGCUCGUCUUUGUCCAAAUGCCACCGGUGCCGAAUUACGGAGUGUGUGCACAGAAGCAGGCAUGUACGCUAUCCGUGCCAGAAGAAAGCUUGCUACCGAAAAGGACUUUUUGGAAGCUGUGAACAAGGUCAUCAAGGGUUAUCAAAAGUUCUCCAGUACACCAAAGUAUAUGAUGUGGAACUAG